AUGAAAGGAAUGGACAGAGCUGCUUGGUACAAGGCAUUUCAGCCUCCUCCAGCUAAGUUGAAACAGACCGAGAACAAGGGAAUCGGGUUAGAGGCAUCACAACAGAUCAACAAGGAUGAAAUCAUCUUUACGGAAGUCCCGAUAGCCGCUUUCACAACUUCGACAUUACAGCAUUGCCAUCAUUGCUGCAAAUCGCUUGCAUCCUGGCCUGAGGAUGUUGAGCUUCCGUUGGUGAACGAGCUGUGGCCGGACAAGGCGCUUGUCCCGAAGGCAGCGCACGAGUUGUAUCAUGCCGUCUGCUGCCCCGCGCGAUGCGACGACCAGGAGCGUCGGGACCAUCUCGUCGCUCUCAUCCGCGCGUGUGGACCUGACUCUUGCUCGAUGAGUUCGGUGGAAGGAAAAGGAGAGGUGGGUGCCCUCGAGGAGUUUCCAGGCCUUGUCGUCAAGAUCGUCAGCUCCAUCCUUGAAACAGCCAGACGGGGGCAAAGGAAGAGCCCGGGAAGCUGCAUUAAGAAGGAGCUUGACGACGCGUAUCAUGAUCUUCUCGCUCAUGCCGUCGCGGCUCCUCAUUCUGUCCUGCCCGAUGUCGACUACGAGCACUUCACUUCAACUCUGCACAAGGCGCUCGGUAUGGGGCAGGACGAAUGCUGCUGGCUCGAGAGCAAGAAGACCAUGACAAUCUUUGCGAUUCUCUGUGCGAAUGCCACGCGUGUGCGUCAAAUCUCUCAGUUCGAGCUGUACAUGCGCAACCUUAGGAACCAGGUGCAGUCGGCAUGUGCGCAAGUUGCGGGUAUGGAGAUGAUCCCGGCGAACAAGAUCGACGAAAUCAUGAAAGGAAUCUUUGGGGCAAGUGAUGAAGCAGACUGGACAAGGAUUGACAGGCAAAUCAGGUUCAGUCAGCUUGCUUGUUUCGUCUGCAGAGCAAGAUCAACCAUGACUGUGACCCCAACUGCCACGUUGUCUGCUCCUUCCCCUGCUCCAAUAUCGGCAAGCACGCCAUGCUCCCUUGAUGAGCGUGAGGAUUUCGCAGAUGUUGUCGCCAAGAGGUCGAUCGCCCGGGGGGAGGAGCUGAGCAUCAGCUACGUGGACCCUUCUAGAGCAGCAUCGGAGAGGAAAAGGUCGAUAGCCAAUAUGCAUGGCUUCACUUGCACCUGCAGACGAUGCGAGGUCAACGCCAGGUGGUGCAGAAAUACACGAGAGUGGAUACAAGCACAUCCUCUCCCACCUUCUCCGGAUACUUCCCAUAAGAUGGAUCACGACACCUGCACAAGCUGCACAUCCUUCGAUGGGGAGGAAGAAGCGCUAGACGACUUCUUUGAUGCCUUUGCGUGA